AUCAAGCCUUCGGGACACAGCCAGUCUGACAGCCAGUAUUUUCGCCAGUUUCGCGUGUCGCUUGGUAUUGGGCGAUGCAAUUUAAUGCUAAGCGACUUUGCUUACAAUAACUACUAUUACGUAGUUCAUCAGCGGUAUCGCAUGCUUCUGCGCAGAGCAGUUCUGUAGCAGCGACGCACUUAUUCUUACCUGCUAUUCUCACUCGCUACUCGGCAACCGGCCCAAGCAGCUCUCGAUAUUCGCUCCAGCUGCAAGCAUCGUGGCAGCGCUGAGCCGGAGCGAGUGUUUCCCCCGGUUCCUCGCAGCUGCCCGUCUCGUACACGCCCGCUGUACGAGGGCGUGUCCUGGCACCAGCACGCACCUCCUCCGACCGGGCCUCGCGACCGGCGGCCGCCUUCAGCAAGUUGUAGAAGGCUCUCGGCCCGCCAGCCCAAGGCAUAGUCACAGUGGACGGCCUGUUGGGCGCGACAGCCUCACUACCCCUAGCAAGCAACCGGCACUGACCCCGCCCGCGAUAUGCCGCGGGCACGCGGCCACAGCCAUCGGGCGCCGGCAGCCCUUGUCCCGGUGCUGGUCCUGGCUGCGGUUCUUGCUGGAUGCACGGAUGCAGCCAGGCUGCAUCGGGCCGCGGCGGGCGCCGCCGCCGGUGACAUCCCGCUGACCGAUCCCAUCACCCUGCUCACCCCUGCCAUCUCAACCACCGCCAGCAGCCUCGUCAAGCACCGUGCAGCCAUGAGUGCCGUGCUCGCCUACGAUGCGACAUUCAGCGCCACCGCCGCCGCCUCGGCCGCCGCGGCUGCUGCAGGCCACGCCAAGGGCCACGCCGGCCACGUGGCCAGCGGCGGCGGAGCUCCUCGCCGUCAAGCGGCUUCUGACACAUGGGGCUCACACGACAGGGGCGUCGACGCGGCCAUAUCGAGGCAGCAGGUGCAGGCGGAGCCCCUGCGGCGGCAGCGGCUGGCGGCGCACCGGCGGGCGCUGUCCGGCGGCUGCCCCGACUUCCCGCCGCCCAACCUGGUCAUGUGCGCGGGCGGGGUGACCUACCCAAGCACUUGUGACGCGCAGGUCAAGGGCUUCUGUGCCGAGCACAUCCUACCUGGCAACUGUGUGCCCGGCAGCCGCAUGGCCCUCACCUGCAGCCUCAGCUUCGCAGAGCAGCAGCUGUCGAGCGGCGCCUUUGCGCCCGCGCCCAAGCCGCUGACGCUGGUGCUGACGGCAGCGCUCAAGCCCUCCGGCAACGAGGACGGCGGCGGCUGCCCCUGGUACCUGAUCAAAGAGCUGGUCGGCGGGGGCGGCAGCAGCGCGGUCGGCAGCAGCGGUGCGAAGCUGAGCUACGGCGGCAAGAGCUACAGCCUGGCGCUGGCGGGGCAGGGCGACUUCAACGGAAACGACAACCUGGUCCAGCUGGCGGACGAUCCGCUGGAGCCCACCUCCCAGAUUCUGUCGUACGCGGGGCUGGCCCUGUACGACAAGAAGGACGAGUGGACCAUCUCGAUAACCGCCGCUACCGAUCCAUACAGUGGCGGCGGUUACGGCGGUUACAUGACCCUGACGAGCGACGGCGCACCGUUUGAUGGAGUCGUGCUGGUAGCGCGUACGGCCUCAUGCAGCUUGGAUCUGGGGAGGUCGGUGCCGAUCCCGAGCCCGCCGCCGCCACCUUCGCCGCCGCCGCCAUCGCCGCCGCCGCCGCCGCGCCCCCCGCCACUGCCUCCGUCGCCCUCGCCCCCGCCGCGCCCGCCCGUUCCGCCGGUGCCUCCGAGCCCGCCGCCCAAGCCCACGCCGCCACGGCCAAUGGCGCCGCCGAACGCCCCUCCCCCAAGCCCAAGGCCGCCCCGGCCUCCCUCUCCGCCCUCCUCGGCCCUGGAGGUGUUCACCGACAACCUGGCCUUCGCUGACAGCGCCGGCCGCCGCGUGGUGUACGUGCUGCGGCUGAGCGCGACACCCGUCCCUGAAGCUGGCGAUGGCGGCAACGGCACUACUGGCCCGGUGUUCAACUUCCGCGUUCGGCACGUGGAGGGCACCGUCACGGUGAUCGACCCCGGAGAGUACGCCACUGCCCCCGUGGUGACGGAGGAAGUGGAUCUGCUGCCGCCGGGCCCAGACGGCUACGAGGGCAAUGACAACCUGCUACAGCCGCUGCCCAGCCCCGGCCCCGGCGGCAGUAGCAACACCGCGGCCCGCCUGCUGCCGGUGUUCUCCAGCCGCGGCCUGGCGCUGCGCGGCACGAGCUCCGGAUCCAAGUUCCUGAUCCGUGUGGAAGAUUUCGGAUCCGAGUCUGAAUCCAACAGCACCGGUGGCUCUGCCGGCCCCGGCCCCGGGCCGCGCUGGCGCACGGUGACGACGGCGCUGGUGGGCGGUUAUAACGAGACGGAGGAUGUGGCGGAGGAUGAAUUCGUGUACACGCCCAACGGCACCCUCAGUCGCUACGUAUCCGUCCCCGCCCUGUGCUUUGAUACCAACGCCACCGCCGCAAACACGAAUGCCUCCUCCUCCUCGCCGGGCGCCGACCCCGGCCGCACCGACAUCCUGUUCCUCACCGACAGUACUGGAAGCAUGGGCACAGCCAUUGCCGACGUGCGGGCCCAGGCGCGGCGCAUCAAAGACGCCAUCGCGGCGGUCGCGGUGGACGUGUGGUUCGGCCUGGCGCAGUAUCGGGACACGGGCGACGUGUUCGUGUGGCACCUGGACCUGGCGGUGGGACCACACCCGCCCGCUGUCAUCCAGGCUGCCAUCGACACCUGGUCCGCCAAUGGCGGCGGAGAUGAGCCGGAGGGUCAGCUGUACGCUCUGCAGCAGUGCGCGCUCAACCCCGGAGUCAGCUGGCGGUCGGACGCGACCAAGUGGCUGAUCUGGUUUGGUGACAACCCCGGCCACGACCCCUCAAACGCCGGCGUCACGCUGCCGGCCUCCAUCGCUGCUCUCACCAGCCGCGGCAUCCGUGUCAUUGCCCUGGAGAUGGGCAAGCUCAACCAGUGGGGACAGGCGACUGCCAUCGCCAACGCCACGGGCGGAGCCUACCUCAGCGGCGCCACAGUCAACCCAGCCAACCUCUCCUCCGCAAUCAUCGGUGCGGCGCGCAGCGGACUGGCGGGCCGUCUGGCGGCGCGGCCGGCGGCGGGCGGCUGUGACGACCCCCGCGUGUCCCUGAGCUUCGGCGACGCCGCCUCCGCCUUCGCCCUGGCGGCGGUGGACAGGGGCCAGCGCCUGUGCUUCGACGCAACUGCCCAGGUGGGCACGUGCUCGGGGCUGACCACCACGUGCCGCUGGCAGCUGGUGGACGUGACCGGGGCCGUGGUGCACUCCGCAGCCGCACACGUGACCGUGCCCGGCACCUGCCCACCGGCGCCGCCUUCCCCACCCGCGCCGCCUCCAGCAGCGCAGCCCCCGCUGGCGGGCCACCCCACUGGCUACCCGCCGGCUGUCCCGUACCCUGGCUACCCGCCGCACUACCCGCCACACUACCCGCCACACUACCCGCCACACUACCCGCCGUACUACCCGCCUGGUUACGGGGAGGCGGCGCCGCCGCCGUACUACGGCCCAGGGUACGGGUCCUACCCGCCACCCUUGUACAGGUCUCACCCGUAGCUUACAUGACGAUGAUGCAUUGCUGGUGACGUACCUUAUUCGAUGUCACAGGUGCACGUGUGUGCUGUGUGAAAAGACGGGGUCACACGGCAAUAACGGCGUGGUGUUGCUCGGUGUUGCGCUGCUGUUGUGUUAGGUUGUGUGUUGUGUCAUAGUUCGCGCCAUGUCCUGCAUGAUACUGUAAGUCUGGCCGCUGUUAUGGCAUUGAGCACCCAUGAACAUGUACAUAUGAUGCUACAGGUGCAUACGUAAGAAGGCUUCGAGCUUAAGAGUUGUUACUGGUAUGCAUAAUGGAAGUAAAGAACAUGGCCGCAUGGCGAAAGUAAGCCGUCCGGGCACUGGCGUGGCGUGGCGGCAGGGGCUGGGGCCCGAGUAGGUUGGCGGGGCGGCGCGGUGUGUACUGUGCCCGUGUUUGAGCAAGACGUUUUGAACUGGGGUGCCACUCGCGGUCAUAGAGGCAUCGCGUUGUCAUGGCGCUUCAUAGUUGCGGCGUGCCGGAACCACCAGUAGUGGGUGUAAAGCCGGCUACUU